AUGUCGAAAUUGAAGGGUGAGCAAUCCUCCGCGUAUCGCGGUGAUGAAGAGGGGGGGGAGGUCACAGGUGGCUCCUCCUCUGCAGCAACCCCUCCUCCAAUUCAGCGCAAGCUGGAUAACCCUGGGGAGGCGCUGCCGGAGUACUACGAUUCUAUUGGUGGAUCAACGAAGCCCGUGAGGGGGGUUAUGAGGGGGGAGACGGGGGCGGAGGGGGAGGCUGGUGCUGGUGCCCCUCCUGAAUUUGAGGUGUAUGUUCCUAAGACGAAGGUGAAGCAUGCCAAUACAAUACUGGCACCUGAGGGUGAUGUUCUGACUGUUUCCCAUGACGAACAUCUUAAUACUGAUGGCGAGGCCCUUUACCGGUAAGUUUCUGACCCUUCAAUUUUGGAUCUGUUUGUUUACUUGAUCGGAACACUACACCAGAUGCUCAUCUACCUGAUUGUUUACCAUAGUUGGUUUUUAGAACAACGCUCGAGACCGCCACGCGUGCAAGUCCGCGUACAUGGAUAUCACAGCGAAUGGAGUUUCUCUCAGAGGAGAUUUAAGGCGGUGACCGAUUUCCACCUUAUCUGUGAUUUUACCCAUUUGUUGCUGGAGCAGAAUCAUAUAGGGGAGCCGACUCUAGCGACAGUUCCACCAGAUAAAAAGGCCCACCGUGGUCACGGGGGGUUCAAAUCUCUCGCCAAGGACUUAGAAGAGGGCGGGACAGUUCGAGACUGGGCUGAUCGAUACUGCGAGGACCAAUCUACGUUCAAGGAGUGAGUUUUGCCCCUCUCUCGGAUAUUUCAUAACACCGAGGCCUCAAACAGGCUAUAUGUUUGAUCCAUUCGUGCAUCGUCCCAUCCAGCAACCUACUCCUGCGGUUUACAUAUUUAUGCAUUCAUUUCCCCUUCCCCCGUCCCAUGGAUAUAGCUCAUAGAUCCGAUCACAGAUUCGUCAUGAAGAAGGUGGUGCUCGGACACGAUCGCGACUAUCUGAUGCGCCGUAUAACGGAGUGCAUCCGAUCAACAAAUUACCCUCAUAACAUAUCGUUUGAGUUUCCGAUCUACAAUACACGAGUAAAGGUCUAUCCAGAAAAUAGAAUCUCGAAGCUACGAAAGGCAGAAUGGUUCCGGUGGAUAUUCUACCUCACCUUCCUCUGGAUAUUCGCAUGGCCAUACCUUUGGCUCGUGACAAAACGGUAUAACGUUACUAGGAUGACCUGGAGAAUGUCUCGCCGGGUUCGAGAUGAAAGUGGGGAGACGCGGAGAGAGUGCGUACAGACUGAGGGGGAGUGGAUGCGCCAGUGGGGACCCGCCAUCAAGCGCGCCGUGACGGCCAAAAAACAGG